AUGAUUGGACGGCUACAUCUAGAUAUGUUUCAUCAAGAAAGACUUUUGUUGAACAUGGUCGAUAUGAAAAUUAAACUUAUCCGCAGCAAACCGGAAUUUUGUUUACUGGGGGAGGGGAAUUUUAAAGUGUCAUUGGAACAUGCCUCAUUAUUUGUACGCAAAGUUCGAGUCAGUCCAGGUGUAAUUUUAGGGCAUGCAAAAAGUUUAGAAAAAGCGACAGCGAAAUAUCCUAUCAACCGAGUGCUUUGCAAAGUGUAUUCCAUUCCAUCAGGAAAUAUGAGUUUUGUUCAAGAUAGUAUUUUUACGGGCCAGAUGCCUAAACGCUUAAUUGUUGCUUGUGUCGAUAAUGAUGCUUUCAACGGAAACUAUAAAAAAUCUCCCUUCGAAUUUAAGCACAAUCAUAUCAAUUUUAUUGGCAUUUACGUAGAUGGGCAACCUAUGCCUCACAAUCCUCUUCAACCUGAUUUCAUGAAUAAAACCUUUAUUCGUGCUUAUCAGAAUUUAUUUGCCAAUGCAGAAAACCGAGGAUUGUAUCUUUCGAGAUCAGAGUAUCCAGAAGGAUACUGCUUAUUUCUUUUCGAUCUAUCACCUGACUUGUGUGUGAUGGUUCUCACUUGA